AUGGCAACUGGGCAUCUUGGAGCGCAUGGACAGAUUGUAGUGUAUCAUGCGGAAACGGGCACACACUCGCGCACGCGCAACUGUACUGAUCCCGCCCCAGCAAAUAAAGGCGAAAACUGCACUGGUGAUCCGACGGAGGAGCUUGUGAACAGCAGGCGUGUCCAAGUGAGUAAACUGGAUGAGCUUGCGGACGGAAACUGGGGCUCCUGGAAUAGCUGGUCUGAGUGCAGCAGGACCUGCGGGGUGGAACUGAGAUUCAAGGACCACGGUCGCUGGGAUCUGUGGUCAGACUGGUCUGAAUGCAGCACCACGUGCGGCCUGGGUCAGAGGUCGCGACACAGGAACUGCUUCGUACCAGAAGUGUUUGGUCCCGUCUGCUUCGGGGACGCGCGCGAGAAGGACGUGUGCAACUUUACGGAUUGUAAAGAUGGUCAGUGGAUGUGGUGGACCGUCUGGUCAGCAUGCAGCAGCACAUGCGGGACGGGGCUGAAGACCCGGUCACGUGACUGUGGGGGUCAGCUGGGACACUCGUGCCCGGGGCCAAACACCGAGCCCAGUCUGUGUCCCACCAGCAAAUGUGACGGUGUGUGUAGGAGGUGUAGGUUUAUAAAACAUCUCUGA